UUUUUUAUAAUUUUGGAAAGGUUUGAAGGGAAGGUGAUAAGGGAGCAGCAGAGAGAGUAAUACUGGGUGGACAGAACAGAACAGGAUAGUUAUCUGAAUGGAUCUUCAUCUUAGUGUGCGGCUUCCUGUUUCACUUCCCUGCUUCUCUCACUCUCAGACGGUUAUAUUAUUCUGUUCGGUGGAACCACCGUGUGCCAAUUCAUUGCUAUCCUCGUGGAGGAGUAGUACUACUCCCGAUGUGAAGUUACAAUUGCAAAGAAGGAGAUUAUCCACCGUUUCCUCUGCCCUGGCUGAGACUGCAGCGUCAAUGGCAGUAGCUGUAACUGUCGUUGGUGCAGCAGCUACCCUUCUUGUAAAGAGAUCCAAAACUUCUGAGUCAUCACAGAUUCAAUUCAAAGCAUGUGAAGAUUGUGGAGGUUCUGGUAUAUGUUCUGAAUGCAAAGGUGAAGGAUUCGUUCUUAGGAAACGUUCCGAUGAAAGUGCUGAGAAGGCAAGAGUGCAAGCUAAGAACAUGGCAACCCGAUUCACAGUGGGUUUAGCCAUUCAACGCAAUUACUUGUACCAGACUUCCAAAGAAAUGGAGCUAUUGCACAAAAUGCUCUUCUGGUCGAUCCUGUUCAACCUGUGGUGGCAGUGGAAAGCUAAGUUACUAGUUUAGCAUUACAUGUUGUCUACCCAGUUCAAAAGACAGUUAGUUCCUCAGCAUUUCACAUGUUCUUGUUUAAAUCACGGUUCAGAAUAUUGAGGCAACAUAUUGAACUCAAGCUGAUGAGUGAUUCACAUUCAUUUGUUUUCCUUAAUUUAUUCUGCAUAAAGCAAAAUCUUAUAUGUAAUUCAAUGGUAGUGUAUAGUAUGCAUUUGUUGCACUAGAGAGGUGUUGAGUUUAAAUCGACCAAGUAGGGUCUUGAUAGAAUAGGAUUUGAGUUUACUGUCAAUACACAAAAGAGUAUUGGUAUUUGCACUAACUUGCACACUGCAUAUGCUCCCCAUGCAAAUUGGAUAGCACCCUGAUCCCUUGUAACUUAUUUUAAACAUUCAGAUUAUGUCCGUACCAUGGUUUUUGCUAGUAUCUUUUCCUUAUAUGAAUUAUGGUGAAUGACGUUGAGUUUCCUUUUA